AUGGUUAUCUCACACUUUCGGAACAAUGUACUUGAACAUGCACCAUCACAACAUGAGAGUGAUGUUACAUUCGAUCAAUUAUUAAUGUUGGAGGAGAAUGGACAAGAUCAAGGAUAUGAACAUGUCAACUCAAUGAUGUUAUCAACUUAUGUCUGUGAUUGGACUUGGUUGGCAACAAAGUUGACCAACAUCAACAACUCAACAACAUCGAUACAGGUAUCAAUCAAUUAUGCACGUGAUCGUGAGAAUGCUGGCGUAUCUGAACAGCCUAUUGGUGAACCAUUCCUACAUGGUCAUAAUGUUGUUCAGUUGCCACGACCCCAUGUUGAUCCUUUGAGUAUCACAGUGAUACAUCCAUAUAUCCAGCAGGGAGGCGGUAUACUCCAUGCCAAGGUCAUGAUCAUCGAGUUUGUCAAUGUACUUCGCGUCAUAGUCUCAUCGGCCAACCUCACUCAAUCAGAUUGGGAACUUCUUGGACAGACCAUAUUCACAGUUGAUGCGCCAAGAAUAAGUGGAGCCAUUGCCACAGACCCAGUCUCAGCGCCAGAGGGAUCAUUCCAAGAUGAGCUCAUUGAACUACUCACCAGUCUAGGGUUCAGUGCACCAAUAUCGUCCAUGUCCAUGUCCAUGGCAGAUUGCGUCAACUUUUGA